AUGGUGACCGAAGUAGCAAUAUCAUUUAAUACGUUACGUGCGCAGUUAGAGAGUGAAAAGAGUAAUUUGUUUAAAAUAGAUGAAAAUAUUAAGAAAAUAGUGCAAACCUCGGGGCGGUUUACUGACAGAUUCAAUGGAACGGGGGAUUACGCACGAGGUGGCCUUAGAGGCGCGGCGAGGAAUAACUACUCAGAUUUAGGCAAUCACUUUAAAAAUGACGACCCUCUGAAGCGCAAACAUGAAACCAAAACCGUGUUUAGUAGAUUGUCAGCGAGGGUGCAAGAUAGUGAUGGUGAGGAGGAAGUCCCUGACAAACGAGCCCGCGUUCAUUCCACUGUCUGUAAGGAGCUCCCCACUCGCGCGGCCGUGUUGCGGGCACAGGGAGACGAUGAACAGGCUCGCACGAGAAACAGAAGAAUAUUUGGUUCCCUUCUGGAACACUACAAAAGUUCAAACAGGAAGAAAUUGUUUUACAGACCAAGGAGGAAAAAAAGGCCCAGGUAG